AUGAUGAUGUGCCGUCUGCUGUGCGCCCUGUUGGUGCUCGCCCUGUGCUGCUGCCCGUCCGUUUGCGUGACGGCGGAUGGUGAAAAAAAUGUUGAUGUCCCCGUUCAACCGCCGGUUCAGCCAGGGGUGCAAACUCCGAGCAGUACGCAACUGCAAUCUGAUAAUUCCGGUGUGGCGGGGUCACAAAGUAAUUCCGAUAUAACACAGGGACAAAAUCAGGUAGCUGGCGGAGGAGGAAGUGAAAACUCCCUUCUAAGCCCUCCAGCGCCAACGGGAGAAAGUGCUGCGUCCGGCACGAAAGGGUCCACAGAUCCGGAAGCCGGCAGGACACAGGAACCAGAUACAAUGAUCGGAGCCGGAGUGUUACAAAUACAGCCCGGAGAUGCAGAGUCACCGGAUUCGAGGACCGUUACAGCGCCAAGUACGGCCACUACGGGAAUGUCACCAACUCCUCCAAACGAAAUGGAAAACAAUUCAGCAAAAAACAUCAAUGUGUUAACUACGACCACUACGACAACCACAACGACGACCACGACUACAGAGGCGCCAACCACGACGACCACCCGCACACCGUCACGUCUGCGCGAAAUCGACGGCAGUCUCAGCAGCUCUGCGUGGGUGUGUGCCACGCUGGUGCUCGCCGCAUCCGCGCUGGCGCACACCACUCUGGGCUGA